AGGCAUAAAGAAGAGGCACGCACGUGUAACGUGUUGUUGGUUUGGUUGCCGUUCCUCCCUCACGGUCACGGGCGGAGAGCGCCGAAGCGGCGACGAAGGCAGGCAGACGCCGCGGCCGCGGCCCGAGUUUUUAAUACGAAACCGCCACCAAGCUGCUUGCUUACGGCCUAGUUUCACCUCCCCCAUUCCCUUGGAAUUGGAUUUGCUCCCGAAUCCGGCGAGGAAGCGACCGGCACUCCACGCCACGCCGCGGCGCCCAAGGAAGGGAAGCUUGGGGCCCUAGGCCUCGUCUCCAUCCCCGCCGCAGCCGGCGCGAGGCGGCGCGGCACGAGCACGACGGUCACCAUCAGCCACCGCGCGAUCCCGGGGGACGGCCAGGCCAGAUUCCACAACGUUUUACUCUUAUUAAACUCCCCAACUUCGUCUAAGGAAGCAAGUGAUUUCAUUAUGAAAGACUGGUCUAUUUUCUCCAAACUUGAUCACAAUGGAGGUUACCUUCCCAGGUUCCCAAUGGACUCUCCAAUAUCUCAUGAUAUUGGGUUACGAUUGGUAUCGCAAGUCGGAAACUUAGUUGAGUGUUCAUUUCAACAUCCAAGGCAUAUAUGUGCUACGGGGAGUGGAGCUGUUCAGGAAGCAUUCAGCUGUUUCAACAAGUUUGCUGGAGCUUUCUAUUUCUGGUUUUCUAGAGCAUCGAAUCCUAAGUUAUUCCAAAGGCUAUCAGCAGCUGCAGGCUCAAGUUCAAGAGCUUGUCGGUCACACAUAAAGCAAGUGACCUCUUGCUUGCAGCAUUUACCUGGACUGGAGUUUGGUUCACAAUUAAGAGAAGAUCAUGCUGUACAAGUGCUUUUAGCAAGGCUUGCAAGCGCAACUUUUGGACGCCUGUGGACAGAGGUGGAGGAGCGGCAUGCCUGCAACAUCCUUAUGCUGGCUGCUGCUACUGUAAUUCCACCAUUUGAAAACAUAUGCUGGCUGCGUCAAUGGCACUAAGAAAAGAUCGUGGAAACAUAGAGCCUACUGAACAGUCUUAUUCAGAGGAAAACCGUCCAGGUUGUGCGUGUGUUGCUGUGCCAAGAGUACUCUUACCAGAAGAUGCAACGGAACCAACAACUGGCAUCAAGUUCCCCACUGUACUCGAAGACAAUUCCAAUCUGACUACAGAGGUCCUUGUUGGAAUGGGUUUUAGAAGCAUGCGAAUAAUGAGGGUCAAAAAUCUGAAUCUUUAUGCCUUUGGAUUAUAUAUACAACCUGAUUCUGUCUGCAAGAAGCUGGGUCCAAAGUACGCUUAUAUUCCAGAUGCUGAGUUAAAGGAUCACCCAGAUUUCUAUGAAGAUCUUCUGAGGGAAAAUAUUGAUAUGACUGUUAGGCUAGUAGUAAGCUACAAUGGUCUCAGCAUUGGCACAGUUCGAGAUGCAUUUGAGAAGUCUCUUGGCUUCCGGUUGCAAAAGAUGAAUCCUAAUACUGAUUAUGGUUGCUUGAAGACUUUUGGUUCUUGUUUUAGUGAAGACAUUCGUAUACCUGCUGGUACAAAGAUUGACUUCCGGCAAACAUCUGAUGGCCAGCUAAUAACUGAAAUUGAUGGCAAACAAAUUGGCACUGUCCAGAGCAAAGAUCUUUGCAGAGCCUUCUUCGAUAUGUAUAUUGGUGACCCCCCAGUUUCAGUGGAGACUAAACAAGACAUUGCGCAAAAUGUGGCUGGACUCAUAAGAAGAUGCUAGGGAAACGGGAAAACUAAAUCGAAGAACCUGGAAUUAUUUCAUUCAUCUAUACAAGGAGAGGACAUAUAAACAGAAAGGAAGCCAGGAGAGGAUCGAUUGUAUUUAUAGUGGUAGACUGUCUUUGUAAGCUAUAAACAUAAAGCAUAUGCUUGGCAAAGGCCUCCAUGCCUUUCAUAUGGUUUGGCAUCUUUGCCAUUUCCUGGCUGGCUGGCGUGCUGUAUCAUGUCGACAAAUAUAUGAUACAGUAAAAAGUUGUACAACAAGAGCAUGUUUCUGUGCCCCAAGUGAAAAAUGACGGGGUUCAGCUUUGUUCAUACAGAUGAUUGAUGGUUCUCCCUUUUGUUUUA